UGCUCUCCGAAGCUAAGCUAAUGCUAACACUGAAACUCCGGCAGCGCGCGGCGGAUGCGUGUGGCAUCAGUACUGAAGCGGAUCUGCACCGGGUUGUGUUGCUGUUUAAUAAACGCAGGAGCCCAGGGUGGAGUAUAUUACAUAUCUGAGGUGUGUGAGUACAGAGGCUUGGGACGCUCAGGAUGGUCACCAUUCCAGAGUACUACACGGGGAAGAACGUGCUGAUCACCGGCGCCACGGGCUUCAUGGGCAAAGUGCUGCUGGAGAAGCUGCUCCGCUCAUGCCCCGGUAUCAGAGCGGUCUACGUGCUCGUGCGGCCCAAAGCGGGUCAGAGUCCGAGCGCCCGCAUCGCAGACAUGAUCAACUGCAGGCUUUUUGACAGAUUGAGAGAAGAGCAGGCGGAUUUCGCGGAGAAGAUCGUGGCAGUGAACAGUGACCUGACGCUGCCCGAGUUAGACCUCAGGAAAGAGGACCAGGACACGCUGAAAGAGCACAUCAACGUUGUCUUCCACUGUGCCGCAACCAUCCGCUUCAACGAGCCACUUAAAGAUGCCAUGCAGCUGAACGUUCUGGCCACACAGAAGAUGCUGAGUCUUGCCCACGGGAUGAAGCAGUUAGAGGUGUUUAUUCACGUCUCCACUGCAUACGCUAACUGUGACCGAGAGCUCAUCGAGGAGGUCAUCUACCCGCCACCUGUCGACUACAGGAAGCUCAUCGACACACUGGAAUGGAUGGACGAUAAGCUGGUCAGUCUGAUGACCCCGAAGCUGCUCGGUGAGCGACCCAAUACCUACACCUACACCAAAGCCCUGGCUGAGUACCUGGUUCAACAGGAGUGCGGGAACCUCAACGUAGCAAUCGUCCGCCCUUCUAUAGUAGGAGCCAGCUGGAAAGAGCCGUUUCCUGGCUGGAUAGAUAAUUUCAAUGGACCGAGCGGAAUAUUCAUUGCUGCAGGGAAAGGCAUCCUACGCACCAUGAGAGCCUCUAACAGCGCAGUGGCUGACCUGGUGCCAGUCGAUGUGGUCAUAAACACCACUCUGGCUGCCGCUUGGUACUCAGGCUCACAGAAACACACGAGGCCAAGAAGUUUGUUGGUGUACAACUGCACAACCGGCACAAUCAAUCCCUUUCACUGGGGUGAAGUCGAAUACUGUAUAAACAUGACGUUCAAGACGAACCCGUUAGAGCAGGCAUUCAGGCGUCCCAAUGUUAACCUGCGUUCCAACCCGUUUACCAAUCAGUACUGGACAACGGUGAGCCACACCAUUCCUGCGCUGCUCUACGACGCCUAUCUGUGGCUCACGGGGCAGAAGCCUAGAAUGAUGAAGACAAUCACACGCCUUCACAAGGCCAUGAUGGUGCUGGAGUACUUCACCAGCCACUCAUGGGUGUGGAACACUGACAACGUCACCAUGCUCCUGAACCAGCUUGGAGCUGAGGACAGGAAGGUGUUUAACUUUGACGUCAGGCAGUUACACUGGGCCGAAUAUAUGGAGAGUUACUGCAUGGGCACGAAGCAGUACGUGCUGAACGAGGAGUUAUCGGGCCUGCCUGCUGCACGCAAACAUCUCAACAAGUUGAGAAACAUCCGCUACACCUUCAACACCGUCCUGGUGAUCCUGAUCUGGCGCGUCUUCAUCGCCCGAUCCCAGAUGGCACGCAACAUCUGGUAUUUCGUGGUCAGCCUGUGCUUCAAGUUCCUGUCCUACUUCAGGGCGUCCAGCACCAUGAAAUACUGAACCUCAUCCCCUCCCUCUCUCCUUCUCUCCUACUCUCCUUCUCUCCCACUCUCCUUCUCUCCUUCUCUCCAUCUCUCCUUCUCUCCAUCUCUCCUUCUCUCCUACUCUCCCACUCUCCUUCUCUCC